AUGGCAAGUGGGAUGAUUCCUUUUCAAGUCCCCCAACUCAAUAAGGAUAACUAUGACAAUUGGAGUAUAAGGAUGAAAGCAUUGCUCGGGUCGCAAGAUGCAUGGGAGAUCGUAGAGAAAGACUACACGGAGCCACAAGACGAGGUUGCUCUAUCCCAAACACAAAAGGAUAGUUUGAAGGAUGCAAGGAAGAAGGACAAGAAGGCGCUCACCCUCAUCUAUCAAGCCUUAGAUGAAGGCAUGUUCGAGAAAGUAGCUUGUGCUACUACAAGUAAGGAAGCAUGGGAGAUCUUACAAAACUCCCACAAAGGAGUUGAGAAGGUGAAAAAGGUUCGACUUCAAACACUUCGAGGUGAGUUUGAAGCUUUACAUAUGAAAGAAUCGGAAUCAAUUUCUGAUUACUUCUCUAGAGUAUUAGCUAUUGUGAAUCAAUUAAAAAGGAAUGGAGAAAAGUUGAACGACACUCGAGUAAUU